AUGCUCGCCUCCCUGAGAUGUCUGCUGCAGGCAGUGGGUCCCCUGCGCAGCAAUCCGUGCAGACAGCAGGCGGUGCUGCAGGAUCAGGGGCGGGCGCAGCAGGUGCUGCAAGCACCGCAGGAGCAGCAGGAGCAGCAGCAACAGCAGGAUUCGUGGAGGCUGCAGAAACACGAGGAGGAGGAGGAGGAAGAGGAGGAGGAGGAGGAGGAGGAGGAGGAGGAGGAGGAGGAGGAGGAGGAGGAGGAGGAGGAGGAGGAGGAGGAGGAGGAGGAGGAGGAGGAGGAGGAGGAGGAGGAGGAGGAGGAGGGGGAGGAGGAGGAGGAGGAGGAGGAGGAGGAGGAAGAGGAAGAGGAAGAGGAAGAGAAGGAGGAGGAGGAGGAGGAGGAGGAGGAGGAGGAGGAGGAGGAGGAGGAGGAGGAGGAGGAGGAGGAGGAGGAGGAGGAGGAGGAGGAGGAGGAGGAGGAGGGGGUGGGUUAUUAA